GCUGGUCACCAUGACAACAGAGACAGGCCCCGAUUCUGAGGUGAAGAAGGCUCAGGAGGAAGCCCCGCAGCAGCCUGAGGCCGCCGCUGUGACCACCCCUGUGACUCCUGCAGGCCACGGCCACCCAGAGGCCAACUCCAAUGAGAAGCAUCUGCCCCAGCAGGACACUCGGCCUGCUGAACAGAGCCUAGACAUGGAGGAGAAGGACUACGGCGAGGCCGACGGCCUGUCAGAGAGGACCACACCUAGCAAGGCUCAGAAAUCGCCCCAGAAGACUGCCAAGAAGUACAAGAGUGCCAUCUGCCGAGUCACUCUGCUCGAUGCCUCUGAGUAUGAGUGUGAGGUGGAGAAACAUGGCCGGGGCCAGGUGCUGUUUGACCUGGUCUGUGAGCACCUCAACCUCCUGGAGAAGGACUAUUUUGGCCUGACCUUCUGUGAUGCCGACAGCCAGAAGAACUGGCUGGACCCCUCCAAGGAAAUCAAGAAGCAGAUCCGGAGCAGUCCUUGGAAUUUUGCCUUCACAGUCAAGUUCUACCCCCCUGACCCAGCCCAGCUGACAGAAGACAUCACGAGAUACUACCUGUGCCUGCAGCUGCGGGCAGACAUCAUCACAGGCCGGCUGCCCUGCUCCUUUGUCACGCAUGCCCUGCUGGGCUCCUACGCCGUGCAGGCUGAGCUGGGUGACUAUGAUGCUGAGGAGCAUGUGGGCAACUAUGUCAGUGAGCUCCGCUUCGCCCCUAACCAGACCCGGGAGCUGGAGGAGAGGAUCAUGGAGCUGCACAAGACAUACAG